UUAAGGUAUAGAAUAGUAAAAUCCUUAAGAAUAAUAGUUAGGGUUUAAGUGAAACUUUAUGUUUCAGGUUUCUGAAUAAUAGCCAGGGUUUAAGAAUAAUAGUGCAUGGAGGGUUUGUCCAAUAGAGCAAGUGGAAGAAUUGAAGGCCAUAAUAAAAGUAAUUCCCUUAUGGAGUAGCGGUUUCAUGUUAGCUCAUUCUUUUUGCUACAAGCUAAGACCAUGAAGAGGCACAUAACUUCAAGCUUCCAAAUCUCAGCAGAAACAUUCAAUGCAAUAGGCCAAUCUGAAUUCUAUUACACUGAGUUUCCAAGAAGCAUGUCAAGCAUUGCUGCAGCCUUGUUCAGCUUGGGAAGUGCCAUAGGAAACUUGUUAGCUUCUCUAUUAUUCAGCAUUGUGGAUGACAUCACUUCCAAAGAGGGAAAACAGAGUUGGGUUUCUGAUAAUAUUAAGGGUCAUUAUGACAAGUAUUAUUGGGUUCUUGCCAUUAUGGGUGCUGUUAAUAUGGUUUACUAUUUGGUUUGUAAUUGGGCUUAUGGACCUACCAUUGAAGAUGUUGCUGGAAACAGGGUUCAUCAAGAGGAGGAAAAAUAAUUGAUUAUUAUAAUUCUGUUAAUUAAUUGUGUACUUUGGAGUUGGAUGCUAUAUAUUAUUUAACUUAGCUUGUUACAUCCUAAAUAAGAUAUUAUUAUUAUUA